AAACCACUACCAGUUCGCCGCGCGCAGCUCGUGCAAAUUUCUUAUUCAACAAUAGAAAUAUCAUAUCUCCGUUUUCAUAAUAAAGCCGAGAUAAGUUUAUUUUACAUAUGCGAAUACAAUCAAUGAUGGCAAUGUCCGCAAAUUUUCUUCAUAAAAAACGAGCAGGAGAUGUGAUAAGGAAUUUGAAAGUGCAAACAUUCCAGGGUCGUCGUGUUCUGGUUACAGGUGGAUCAGGGUUCGUUGGUAUUCACCUUGGACGGGCACUGCACCUCCUGGGGGCAAAGGUCACGCUCUUUGACAAGGCCAAGCCACUAGAGGACUAUGACCCGGAUAUCAAAGUUGUUCAGGGUGACAUUAGGGAUCGAGAAGUACUGGAGAAGUUAUGUGAAGGUGUGGACUGCGUGUUUCACAUUGCUUCAUAUGGAAUGUCUGGCAGGGAAAUGCUGAAAUCCUCAGAGUUUAUUGAAAGCAUCAAUGUUGGUGGAACUGAAAACAUCAUAGAAGCUUGUAUCAAGGAGAAUGUGACCAGAUUGGUAUACACAAGUACACACAACGUGGUCUUCGCUGGGCAAGAUAUAGACAAUGGAGACGAGACGUUGCCUUUACUACCAUUGUCUGCACACAAAGAUGAUUACUCAAGAUCAAAAUCAAUGGCAGAACAGCUAGCAAUGAAAUCAAACGGAAGGCAAACAAAGGAUGGGAGUCUUCUGAAUAUUUGUGUUAUACGACCUGUAGCCAUCUAUGGUGCUGGGGAACAGAGACAUUUCCCAAGGAUAGUGAAAAAUAUGGAGCAGGGUCUAUUAUGUAUGAAGAUAGGUGGUUCCCACAUAAAGGUUCCAUGGGUCCAUGUAGAUAAUCUUGUCAAUGGUCAUAUACUAGCAGCUGAAGGGCUUUCAAGGCACAAAGAACAUAUAGCAGCUGGUCAGGUAUACUUCAUUGCUGACAAGGCUCCAGUAAACCAGUUUGAGUUCCUCCGUCCACUCAUAACAGGUCUAGGUUAUCAUUAUCCAUCUCUUGUUGUACCAGUGUGGUUCAUGUAUAUCAUUGCUUUUUUGACUGAAUGGUUACACACAAUCUUGAAGCCAGUCAUCGAUUUUCAGCCAUUGAUGACGAGAACAGAGCUGUUCCAGGUUGCAGUCACUCAUCAUUUCAGCAUCGAGAAGGCCAGAAAACAGCUUGGUUACGAGCCAGAAGAACGAGAUCUCACCGACAUGGUCCAGUACUUCCUGGAACGUGGCCAUCGGAAGAAGUCUUCAUCGAUUGGAACAUUCCUUGUGACUUUACUUCUUGGGGUUCUAUUUGUAAUGCUCUUAAUGUCUUUACUACCUCUCGUAGGGUAAUGUUCUAAGAGGAGGAUAUGCAUUAGAAGGUAUCCUGAUAAUUAAACCUAGGUUUAAUCCUGGUCUAAACAAUACUUUUUAACCAUACUUUUAUGGAAUGCUGGGCCUCUUACUAUUUCUUCCAUUUUCGUGCUAGUUGUAUUGUAAUGUAUCAAUUAAAAUUCAUAUUUUUGUAUUUUUAUAUUCCUGUUUCAUGACGUGAUUGAUUUUUGACAACUAUUUGCAGCAGGAUAAGAAUAAUUAUUAAUUGGUCAUUUGGUGAAUGAGUUGAAAACUGUCACUCCGUAAAAGUGUGGCCUAAUUUAAUCCCGGUUUAUGGUCAGAAUACUAUUGAGUGAUUUUAAGUUUUAUUAGGUGAAUUUGCACUUCCUGAUAUACUGAAUUGAUUGAUACUGAUCAAUACUUGUAUGAUUGCAAAUUUGACAGGUUUAUUACCAAUCUGUAAGCUAUGUGCAUGAACUAUAUACUUGUAAUUGCCAUAGUAAAAUACUAGAUUAUCUUGGAUAUAGCAGAAUUUUGUGUUGUCCUCCCCCCUUUUGAUUUUCAUUGCUAUCGAUGAGGCGAAAUGGGGUUCAUUUGUAAGUUUGCUCUUCAUUUUUAUCAUGCCAGUACAAUGAAUUCAAUGCAAAACUAAGUUAUUGAGAGGUUUAACUUCCUCUUAGACAAAAAUCUGGUUAAAGUCAUGCUUUAAUUGUCAAAGAAUCACAGUGAAUGACAGGUCACCAAAGCAGCUGGUUGUAUAUCAGGACGUGCAAGUUUGACCCCAAUAAAACGGGUAUCUAUUUAUUUGAAAAUUAUUUCAAUCUUUUUUAAGAGAAAAUUUUUUAGGUAUUUUUGUAAUAGAUUUUCUUGUCAAAUCUAUAUGAUUAAUAAUUUAUGUUUACCGGAAACAUUGUCAUUGGAAGAACUUCUAAUCAGGUAGAACAUUUGAUUUUUGGGGCCAUAUUCUGAACUCCAUUUUAACUUAAAGUGUGGUUAAACUGUGGAUUCAAAUGAUCAAUGUAUCAUCACAUUUGGUAUUACAAAUCGUCUUGAAAUUAUUAAUACAAUUAUUGCUUUCCUCAUUAAACAUGGAAAGGAUCCCAGUAAACACAAGAAGCAUGCAGUUUAACAAAUCUUUUACUGCUUGGGCUGCUCAUUAUUUUAGCCCAGACCAUGCUUGAAGUUAAAGUGUACUUCAGAAUACAGGCCUUGGCGUCUUUGUUUCAUGUACUUUCAAACAUUCAAAUUCCUACCAAACAAUACCAUAUAUAUGAAUCUACACCAAUGGAAUUUUAAAAAAAAAAUGUGAACAUUAUUGUUAGAAUAUAUUAUAUUACUCUCAUUCCAAGAUCCAAAUCAAAUAAGAGUAAUGUUGGCUAUGUGUGCUCUGAAAAGCCUGUAUUUUCUUAUGCUUUAUAUAUAUAUAUAUAUAUAUGUGUGUAUA